AGUGUUGACCAAAUGAAUCAGAUGUGAUAAUCCUUUUGAGGCUGGCUAAUUUCGAACAAACCUCCCAACAAGGGGAGGUUGGAGGGAGAUAAAAAGAAAAUAUAUAUAAGACAAAUUGUGAAACCGUCUGAUUGAAUUGAUAUGAUUAUGAACAAUAAUUUAUGCUUGAAGCUUCAUCCAGUUGUUGGUACUGCGUCAAUCUGUAAUGUUUAAAAUCAACUUACCUAAUACGUAUCGUUAACCAUUUGACUGAAGCCUUGCAUAUCGUAGCAAAUAGUUAUAAUUUAUUUUUUCUUAAUUUCCUCCUGUCAGCUCCUGCUUCCGAUAGCUUCCUUGUAAUCAAGAAAAUAAAAGACAGAUUCAGAGAAGAAAAUUUUCUUUACCGAAGAAAUCGUCUUCUGAGGCUGUACAGUCGUAUUCAUACUUACAGAAAUAUAUAGUGGUCUAUUAUUGAGGGAUACGGGGUGACAUAAUUGAUAUAAUUAUUCAGAAGUGGCUUUAGAAGUUAAAAUUAAAAGCUGCAAAUUACGCGGUACUCAACGACACAAAGAUAGAAAUUUGGUAAGGUUAAAAUUGCUAUUCAGUGAGAAAAAAGGUAUUUGAGUGUCAUUUUAACAAGUGUGAAGAGGGUGUGAAAUGAGAACGUGCCACUGCGUCCAAUCUUGGAUAUGACAAAUUCCCCAUAUCAUGCUAUUGCGAAAUGGCUCGUAGACAUCCUCCUACCUAUCAGAAAUAACCUCUGCAAGCAUAGUGUUUCUGAUUCGUUUGAAUUCGUCGAUUCAAUAAGUGGUGCUAAUGUAUCCGGGAAGAAAAUGAUAUCCAUGGAUGUUACAUCCCUUUCCACCAAUGUUCCCCUCACUGAAACUAUCUGCUUUAUAUGCAAAUUCAUUGAGAAUAAUAAUGUAGACGUAUGUGUUCCGAUCCACUACUUAAAGAAACUACUAUUGAGGUGCACUCUAAAUGUCCAAUUCAAGUUCAACAACACGAUUUAUAGACAAAGAGAUAGAGUGGCAAUGGGGUCACCAUUGGGUCCUUUACUUGCAGACUGCUUCUUGGUUAGUUUGGGGAAUAUUAUUUUAUGGUCUAAUACCGAUAGUUUCCAUUUGUACCAAAGAUACACGGGUGAUACUUUCAUCAUAUGUGACAACAAUACUGACAUCGAAUUGAUAACCAAAGAGUUCAACAGCUGCCAUCAUGCCAUCAAGUUCACGUCGAAAUCAGAGAUUAACUCGAAAUUCCAUUUUUCGGAUGCUUUUUCUAAAAAGGAGAUCUGAUGGUUCUCUUCAAAGAUCGAUCUACAGGAAACCAACAUGGAGUGGUCAGUACACAAAUUUCCAUAGCCGGGUCCCUUUGAGAAGAAA